UCUCUCUCUCUCUCUCUCUCUCUCUCUCUCUGCAUGAAAAUCAAAGAUCAAAACAAAGAAGAAGAAGAAGAAGAAGAAGAAGAAGAAGAAGAAGCAAGGUAGCAAUAUGACAACAAACAAAGCAGGAAGCUCAUCAGCAUCAAUCGAAGGUACCCUUGAGUGUUGCAUGUGUGGGGAUUUUGGCUUCUCCUACGAGCUUUUCCAAUGCAAGGCCUGCCAGUUCAGAUCCCAGCACAGAAAACCAUAUAGGUACUGUAGCAAUCUUUACCCAAAAGCAGAGUCGUACAGACUUUGCAAUUGGUGCCUCACCCAGAAAGAAGAAACAAAAGAAAAGUCACAGAACUCUUCAAAUUCUUCAUCUUCAUGUAAGAAAGACCAACCCCAUCAAGAACAACUUCAUCAUAAUCAUGAUUCCAAGGUCAACAAAGUGAAAAAGAAUUCACCAAAAGCCAGCCAUGAUCAUCAUACAUAUGGUUCUGGUCUAAGAGGCAGCAUGAAGCUUCAGCCAAGCGGCCCUAUAAAGAAGCAGAGAUCACUUGAUCAUCAUCAGAAUCAGGUCUCAUCAUCACCAAAAUCUCCAUCUCAGGCCAGAAAGAGGAUCAUCACAAAUGGAGCAAACGAGGAGGCUGAGAAGAUUAGGAGGACAAGAUCAGAAGAGAUAUCAAACAUAAACAGAAUCAACAAGCAUGGGAUCACAAGGCAGGUGUUUAGGAACAAGGUGAGGAGGUACAAGCUUCUGGAUGAGGUUUCAAGUCAAUGACCCCAGUUGACUUGGCUCCUUGCGAACUACCAUUCCUAUUUUCCUUUUUCUCAAUUUUAUUUUAUAAAAGGCAUUUGCAUAGGAAUAUAGAUGGUCCAUGAAUCAUGAUACAUACAGUUUGGUUAAAUGUACAUAAGCUAUGGGAUUGAUAGGUGUAGUGGGAGGUGAUCUUGACGAUUAUUUACUUUCUUUUUUACUUCCAUAUUACAUAGUAAUUUGUAAAUAAAUGUGAACAUUAUAAGAGUUCGUCGCGCAGUGUAUGAAAUAUGUAUGAGAUAAAUACAAUCGGAAAUGACAUAAAAUGAGACUUUCUUGUUUUUUCUUGGAAUGAUCCAAGUCAAGAUAGGU